AUGUUCCUGUGGCAUUGCCUACACUUUGCCCGAUGGGGACACUAUGAUCUCCUUUCCCGGAGUGUUCCCAGCACAUACCAGCGAUUCCUUCAAUCCAGCAUUGACCGCGCUACUGCGCAGGGCUAUGAAGGUGCACGCUGGGGUAAAAUGACGGAUACUACUGGCCGCAGCGCCCCUGGUGAAAUCAAUGCUCUUCUCAUCUGGCAGCAGCCUCAUGUCAUGCACUUUGCCGAAUAUUUUUAUCGAGCGUUUCCACAUGAGAAUACAUUGCGAGAGUGGGACGAAGUCCUGACGUCUACGGCCAAUUUCAUGUCCUCGUAUGCGUGGUGGAACACGACUACACAGGUUUACGACCUUGGUCCUCCCUUGUACCCGGUCAGCGAGAACACAAAUCCCAACUCCACAAUCAACCCGACAUUUGAGAUAGCAUACUGGCGCUUUGGUUUAAAUGUUGCUAUUCAGUGGAAAGAGCGCCAGGACCUCCCCAUUCCGAAAGACUGGGUCACUGUGCGGGAUAAUCUCGCCCCGCUGCCUGUCAUUGACCACGCCUAUGCCGUCUAUGAGGGCAUUCCGGAUAUGUGGAAGCCUGGAACUACCACCUUACAGGACCACCCUGCAAUGAUUGGCAUCUACGGCCUACUUCCACCUCCCUCGACCGGCCCCUCUCUCAACUUAACCAUCAUGCACAAUACAGCUCAGCUCAUUCGGGAGCGGUGGGACUUUGGAGACUCGUACGGCUGGGAUUUCAGCAUGUUGGCCAUGAAUAGCCUCCGCCUUGGCGAUGUAGACCAGGCCAUUGCUUAUCUCCUCGAUACCUACUACGUCUUUGACGACGCAGGUUACCCUGAGGGUGGCAGUCGAGUUCCCACUCCUUAUAUGCCUGACGCUGGUGGCCUGCUUCUCGCCACCGCCAUGAUGGCGGGGGGCUGGGAUGAAGAUGAAGGCCCACAUUUCCCUACAGAUUGGAAUGUGACAGUAGAGGGCUUUACUCCGAGCCUAUGA